CAAUUUAAUUAAGAAAAUUAAAAUUGAUCUUACUUUCACAGGGUGAAGAGGGUUUAAAAGCAUCUUCAAAAGAAUACUUGUGGAAGCGAUUUUUUUUCAAUAGCUUCUCACUAAUUGCGUAUCUGUAUUGAAUUUUUUCUUAAAUUUUUAUUUUAAAUGAACAUGGACGAACCUAGUACAAGCAGUAGCAAUGAUACUGAAGAAAAAUUCUGUGAAAUUUGCCUUUUAAAUACGUCAGAAAGACUUGUGCUGGUGACUUCAAAGGGUAAAGUAGGUUUAAAAGCAGCUUCAAACGAAAGACGUGAUAAAUUGUUUUCAAAUAUGGAUAAUUCAAAAACUGUGUAUGUUCAUCAUACGUGCAGAAGUAAUUAUGUACACAAGGGAAAUAUUGCAGCAAGUGCAAAAAGAGCUGCUGUAAAAAACAGUGUAAGUCCAACAAAGAAAAAAUUGAGAAGAUCAGGUACAAGUUCAAGUGUUGGUUCAGCAAGUGAUGUAAGUGCUACUCUUUUUGACUGGGAUAAAAAUUGUUUUAUCUGCGAUAAUGAGAUAAAUACCUUACAAGAAAAAAAAAAAGCGUCUGCAAUGAAAAAGAAAACUUCGAAAGUUCAGUCUUUAGAUUUUAUACAAAAUUUAGCAAAAAUGCUUAUUAUAUUCAAAGACGACGAACGUCGAGAGAUUUUGAAGCGCAUUCACAGCGCGGAAAAUCAUGUCAUUCUAACAGAGGGCAAAUACCACGAGGAUUGCGUACUAAAAUUAAAAAAUGAAUAUAAACUUUUUACGAGAAGUUCGCAAACCCCUUACUUUGACAAAAUCAGCGAAGCAAUGGAAGAAAUCUACGAUUUCAUGCUCUCUAGUGAAGAGUGUCAAUUUACUAUGACUCAACUAAUCGAAGCUGUACAGAUAUGUGAUGUAAUUCCACAUGAAGAUACUAUAAAAAAUCAUUUAAAAAAAAGGUUUGGAAAUCAAAUAGUUAUUUCUAGCAGAAUAGGUGGUGUAACGUACGUAUGCUUUUCAACUACAUUGUACGAUAUAUUGACCGACUCAUGGCGAAAGCAAAAAUCAAAAACUAUCGAAGAGGAAGAAAAUGCACUCAUUGACUCUGCUGCCGAGCUCAUACGUAGAAAAAUUAGAACCGUCAUUUGCGAUGUCAAUCAGUAUUCACCAAGUGAUAAAAUAUUAAUUAAUGUUAACGAGAGCAUUCCGCCUCAAUUGCUCAGAUUUUUAGAACAUAUUAUUUAUAAAGAUAAGCAUCAUAAUGAACAAAAUUUUAAUUGGUAUUCAAAAAAAAUUACAUCUAUUGCUCAUGCAAUAAUGUCCUCCGCUCGACCUAAAAGUUUUAUUUCUCCACUUCAACUUGCUACAGGUGCUACGCUCUACAGAAAAUUUGGUUCGAAAAAGAUGAUUGAAUUAUGUUAUAAUCUUGGUUUUUCGUGCAGCUAUGCUGAAGUUCAAUUGUACGAAAUUUCAGCUGCAUGCCAAGACGAGAGACUUCUAAAAGAACCAUUCCUUCAAAUCGUUUCAGAUAAUAGUGAUUUUAAUGUUUGCACAAUAGAUGGACGAGGAACUUUUCACAAUUUAGGAUCGAUUGAAAUAAUUACUCCUGCAGAAUGUUUACAAGCAAGAAAACCCAUUAAACGUUUGCGUAGUUCAGAAGUUCCUCUUGAAUCAGAAUUGGUGGAGAAAAACCGAAUAGAUAUUCAAUUAUAUACUAAAAAAACAGGAAGUGGUUUGGGUAUCAUUAAAGUUCAAAAAAUUAGUCCUGAACCGAAAUUUACAAUAACCAUAAUCGAUGUGCUGAAUGUCUUAUGGAGUUAUUUCAAGUAUGCAAGAGAUCUCGAUUUUUUGGGUUGGAAUGGAUUCAUGUCUAUGCUAUGUGCAGAAAACACUAAUUAUAAAGUGUCUAAAAUAAAUUUCUUGCCAUUUAUUAAUGGACCCCCAAGUGAUUACAAUACUUUAUUCACAGCUUUAAACAAUGCUGCUGCAAUUGUUUCAAAAGAAGGCAUGAAAACCUGCAUCGUAACAUUUGACCAGCCUUUAUAUAUUAAGGCUUGUGAUAUUGCCGAGACUUUGGUUUUCGAUGACGUGUUAAUAGUUGUGCGACUCGGAGGUUUUCAUCUCUUAAUGUCUUUUAUGGGAUGCAUUGGCACUAUUAUGGAAGGAAGUGGAAUUAAGGAAAUAUUUUCGCUCAUCUUUGCAGAAGGAUCAGUUGAUCAAAUUCUAAAUGGGCAUUCGUAUGCUCGUGCAGUGCGAGCUCAUUUUAUUCUGCCGCAGGCAUUAUCGCUUCUAAUAUUUGAUGAAUUAAAAAGAGAAAACAAUGUUGAGUUUCAAGAAUUACUUGAUAAUGAAGAGUAUUUUACUUACGAAAUGAAUUUUGAGAAAUUGAAGUCUAAUGAGCACUUAAAAAAACUGAAUGAAAUAUUUCAAUCGAAACUGGAUGAAAUUGAAAACAGAGGAAAAACAUGCAAACUGUGGAUAUUAUACUAUAAAAUGGUAUCUUUACUUAAAAAAUUUCUUGCAGCUGAAAGAAUGGGUGACUGGGAAGCGCAUCUGAAUUGUAUUGAGCUUAUGAUACCUUUUUUUCACGCCGCUGGGCAUUUCAACUAUGCAAAAUCUGCUCGACUUUAUCUUCAAAAAAUGAGACUUUUGAAAUUAAUUAUGGAUCCACGUGAGUUUAAAAAAUUUACCAAGGAAGGAUUUUUUACUUCCCGGAGGUCCAAUGAGUUUUAUGCUGGUAUUUUCUCCGACCAAACCAUUGAACAAACUCUGAUGAGAGCAAUGAGCGUAGAAGGUGGACCGUUCAAACGAGGCACUACGGAAAGCACUGUAUUCAAAUGGAUCAAAGGUAUCAUAUACACGAACGAUGUAAUUGAAGCAUUAGAGAAAUUUUGUGAUAUCGCAUUUAAUAAAAGCUACCAACAUGUUGACGCGAGAGAUGCGAGAAUCAAAAAAGAUAAGAAAGACGUGUUGGUUUUAAAAACAUUUUUGUUGGAGCACAAUCCAUUUGAAGACAUUGAUCACCUAAAAAACAUUGUAACAGGGUUGAUCGGCACUGAUGAGAUAAAUUGCUACAACGCUCUGGCGAUUGGCAUCGAAGCCAUGAAGAGCAUCGAUGAUAUAACUUUUAAUGACAUAAAAUUGUCCAAAAAAGAUAAAGUUAUCUCAUUAAUUGGUGUCAAUAGCAAAGUCAAAAUUGACGAUAAAAUUGUGCCUAUAGAUCCACUACUAUUAUUUCAACGUAUUUGUAUCAUGAAAAAGAGUAACGAAGAGUUGGAGAUGUACCUGAAAUAUGAACUGGCACCAUAUCCACUUUCAUUAUUUGACGAUAUUGGGAUGCGAAAGACAAACAAAUCUAUCUUAUACUCAUUAUUCGAAACCCAGGACAUUGUGAUCAACAAGGAAGCAUCAGUGUACUUUAUUGAUGGAGGAAUGUUAUUAUAUAGAGUAAAAUGGCCUUCGAAAUGUAAUUAUGCAGACGUUUUUGACAGUUAUAUUUCAUAUUUAAAAAAUCAUUUUGGUAAUAAUAUUACGGUAGUUUUUGAUUGUUAUGAUAGAGAAAGUAAUAAAGCAUCAGAGAGAAAUCGUCGAGCACUGAAAGUUGCUUCAAAGGAAUACCAAUUUACCAAAGAUAUGCCAGCCAAUAUUAGCCAAGAUAAAUUCUUAUCGAAUUAUAAAAACAAAAGACGUUUUAUUAAAUUUCUUAUGGAAGAAUUGGAAAAAAAAUCUAUUAAAUGCUGCCAAGGUGAAGGUGAAGCUGACGAACUAAUUGUUGAUACAGCAGUAUCAUUUAGUACUGACUUGACAAAAAUAAUUGUUGCAGAAGAUGUUGACAUUUUAGUGAUUUUAACUGCCCGGGCUACAGAAGACGAAGAAAUUUUAUUUUUAAAAUUAGGCAAACAAAGAGUGCAAACAGUAAUAUAUUUAUCGAAAAGUUUGGAAAUAAAAUACCCAAAUAGUUCGAAAUUUAUUCUUUUUGCACAUUCAUUUACUGGGUGUGACUCAACUUCGGCGGCAUAUAAUAAAGGCAAAAAAAUAUUUAUGGAUCUUUUGGAACGAAGGCAAGAUUUGAGAAGUAAGGCAGAGAUAUUUUUGAAUAAUACAUCUGAACUCGAAGAUAUUUUAGAGGCAGGUAGAUAUUGCAUGGUAUGUUUUUAUGGACUUGCUAAAGAUGCACAACAAAAUAAGCUGAGUCGAGUAGAAAGCUUAUCAGAAUAUCUCGAAAAGAUGCGCUAUGAAAGUUUUCUCAAAGCUGCUACGAAAAACACUGCCGUAAAAUUAUCAUCCUUAGUUCCAACCGUUGGUGCCAUAAAUGAGCAUACUAAGAGGGUUUAUCUUCAAACCCAGAUUUGGCUUGGCAACAAAAACAUUCAUCCAACGGAUUGGGGUGGGUCAUGAAUGACGGUUUAUUGAAUCCUAUUAAGUCUGUAGAUCCACCCGCACCACAAGAACUGCUGAAAAUGAUUUUUUGCAACUGCAAAAAAGGAUGUGGAGCGUCUUGCGGAUGCAGAAAAGUUGGUCUGUUUUGUAAUAGUACCUGUGGAACGUGCAGUGGAGAUAACUGCCAAAAUAGCCCUCCAAUUCAGCCAGAAGAUGUUGAAUGUGACAGCGACUCCGACAUUGAGUCAUGAAUAAUAAUAUUAUAUUUUAAUAAUAAUAUUACAAUUUUAUAUAAUUUAUAAAUAUUUUAUUCAAUAAAUGACAAUUUUUUACUCUAAAUUAAA